AUGGCGGCACCUUUUUAUGGAAUGAUAAAAGAAGUUCGUGUGAUGCUUGUUGAUAACGACAAAGAGUUUGUUAAUGAGAUGGUUGAUUUGCUAAAGUCUUACGACUAUAAAGUGACGACGAUUGAUAUGGCUUCGGCAGCAAAAGCAAUGUCAAUGUUGUCCAAAGGAAAGGAAAAAAUCGAUGUGAUGAUAAUCAAUGACAAUUCACCUGAUUUUCCGUCCUUUCAAAUUUUAGCUCAAGCUGUAGCCUUGGAUAUCGUUUCACUCUUUGUAUGUGAUGAACACAGUGCACUCUCAGCAAAGAAGGCUUUGAAUGAUGGAGCUUCCCUUUGCCUGAAAAAGCCAAUUCACGAGGAAAUUGUAAAAUAUUUGUGGCAAUUUGUAUUGAGGAAAAAAAUACAAAGAGAGAAAGUGAGAAAAGGACUAGAAGAAAAUGGAGAUCAGAUGAAUAUUGGUGAUACUAAUGAUGUUGGUAAUAAUGAUAAUAUUGUUGGAGAUGAAGAACAAGCUAGACAGAAGAAUCUGUCUAAUACUAAGGAACUGAAUAAUAAUAUUCAUGAGGCUGAAAAUAAUGUUGUAUCUAAUGAAAAAUACAAGCUAAAAAGGAAGAGAGGUAGAAAAAGCACAAAAGAGAUUAAUGAAGGAGAGAGCCAAAACAGUGCUAAUAGGGCUGUUAGGAGAAAGGUCUACAUAGAAUGGACUGUGGAUCUUCAUGCCAAAUUCAUGGAAGCUGUGCAACUACUUGGUGAAGGAGGAUGUUACCCGAAAGAUAUUCUUGAGGUGAUGAAUGUGCCCGGUCUUACUAGGAUACAAGUUGCAAGCCAUCUUCAGAAAUGUCGUAGCAAUAAUUGGAAAGCUCCAAAAGAGAGAAAAUUUAUUCGUCACCGAUCAGGUCAAGAAUUCACAAGUGGUUCUCAACCAAGAAGUAACCUCAGAAAAUUUGGGGCAAUGCCUCAUCUUCAAACAAAUCUGUCAAAUAUACAACAACAACAAUGUAACCCAGAUCAAACCCAGAAAGGCCCAGAGUUUUUGUUUCCAGCACUAAAGAACAACGUUUUUGUUAGAGGAGAGAGUUCAACUCAGCAACAGCUAUAUCGCCCACAACUUCAGCCCAAAAUAAUGUUGGUGGAGAGAUACAACAACAACAUGGAGCAUUAUUUGGUAUGCUAA